CUUUCGGAAAAUAGGGAAGUAGGGAGCCCGGAAAGCGCAGUGCCAGCCUGCCGCUGCUCGUCGUCGUCGUCGACUCGUCGCGGUGGUGCUGGUGCUUGCGGCAGCAAGUCCAGGCCAUACGUUGGUAGGGGGAGAUCACAGCGGGAGGCGAGACGAAUGAUGGAUCGAUCUCUCUCCGUGGCGGCGGCCGUCGCCGCUGUGGCGCUCCUCUGCUUCUCCGGCCUCUGCCACGGUGAGCGGCUCGGGGCGCGGGAGUGCGAGGACCUGGGCUUCACUGGCCUCGCCCUCUGCUCCGACUGCAACGCCCUCUCCGAGUUCGUCAAGGACCAAGAGCUAGUGGAGGAUUGCCGUAAAUGUUGCACUGAGGAUUCAGAUGAUUCAAUCAGCAAGCUCACAUUCUCUGGUGCAAUUAUUGAGGUGUGCAUGAGAAAGCUGGUGUUUUAUCCAGAAGUUGUUGGCUUCCUCGAAGAGGAUAAAGAUGACUUCCCUUAUGUGGAAGCCCGUUAUUUGUAUGGUUCUCCACCAAAGCUCAUAAUGCUUGAUGACAAGGGAGAACAAAAGGAGACCAUAAGGAUCGACAACUGGAAGCGGGAGCACAUUCGGCAGUUUCUCAAGGAGAAAGUGAAGCUGGUGAAAUCAGACAGCUGAGUUCCUGCCAUAAAUGCCUGAAAAUUUCCAUGUUGACGUUUCAGUAACCCUAUGGAAUUUGGUACUUUGCAACCAAAAGCAGCUGAUAUGAGAUGUGCAUCAAAUUCUGUGUGACACCUGUACACCUCAAAUGUUUGUACAAGAAACUUCUGUAUCCUGUUCCAAUUAUAGUCUGGUAGCUGGGCAACUGGCACCGUGAUUCAUGAGAAUUAGUUGAUCUAGUACUACUUGUUUCCCGGAGCUAUAUAACUCAAUGAAGAGGGUAAAAGAAUCCAAAAAUUCUUUGGGCAUAUGCAUUUUCA